AUGAUGCUACAAGAGCAUGUGAUUGCUUGCGGAUGGUUUGGCAUUGCAUCACUGGGCACUCACCCCACAAGUUGGCUUUCGGAGCAUGGACAUGCCAGCUCCUCCUUCACCUUGCAGUACACUGACAGCUUGCGCUGGUCCUUCUCGCAGCUGGGUAUUGGGGGGACGGAGAUUGAAGCAGUGAAUGAGACCGAGGGCAUCUAUAGCGUGGUGGUCUCCCUGAUCUCGUUGAUGACCUUCUCGUCCAUUAUCAGUUCGAUGACUUCACUGGUGAGUACCCUGCAGAGUAGGAGGAUGGAUCAGACACAGCAGUUUGGCCUCUUGCGACGCUUCCUGAGGACCAACCACAUUGAAGAAAACCUGAGCCAGCGGAUCACUCGGUUUCUCCACUACACUUACCAUCAGAGGACAGCCAAUGUGGAAGAUCCCUACAUCUUGGAUUAUCUCUCGAAAUCCCUCCAGGCGGACUUGCAGUUGGCGCGCUACAAGGCGGUCCUCACGCAGAUGGACUUCUUGUCAGACUUGUUAUCAAGCCCCCUGCUCUCAUUGCAGGACCUUAGGGUGGAGGCCAUCGCUUCUAGGUUGGAGGCCAGCGCUCUUCGGUUGGAGGCCAUCGCUAUUAGUUUACAAUAUCAUUCGAGGGCCCCUGCUCUCAUUGCAGGAUUGACUCACUUGAGGGUAAAGUUCGAGGAAUCAUUUGAAGGGAGCUCGGGAUGUGAAGAGAAGACACCCGUGUUGCAGAAGUCUAGGAUUCUGGGCAAUGGGAUGUGUGGGCACUGA